AUGAAACCAUUAGUCACUGUAUGUUAUCUAACCGAACAGGAACUGGCGAAAGGUACCAUCAACACUGAUUCGGCGUCUGGUUCAUCCACUCCUCCCGGGAUAAAUGAAGAGUCAACUACUGUAGAAAUAAUUGACACUAACCCACCAUCAGAGUUUGGAUUAGUGGACAAACAACGUCACUUUGGAAUUCUCCGUUACACCGUGACCAAUCGAUUCCGUAAACUGAUGCUGAUCGCAUUAGUUAACUUAGUUGUUUUUGCUGCGUUUUUCCUAUUUGUCUUUUUUCUCAUUGUUCAUUUGGACAAAAAACAUGAAGACAUUUUUGUUAGUUCCACGUUACCAGCACCAACAGCAGGACCUAUGAAUAAAAACACAUCUUGUUCACCACGAAAUACGACGACGUUGAUUUUUGCAUAUUCCAAUGAUCUGACACCCGAUCAAGUUCUAAACUCGUGGCAAACUCUCAGAAACAACUGCCAAAGCUCCUAUGAUGUAUAUUCAUACGCUCGACUUGAUGUGAAUUCGGAUUUAAAAAAUCACGGUUAUUCCACCAGCUUGGAUGAUAUUGAAGACGACAUCAAGAGCGAUCUCCCAGAUCCAAAAGAGUCCUAUCCGAGUUAUUACUUUGGAAGCAAUAUUUUGAUGUGUAUUCGGACUAUGUUCACAAGUGAUAUGACCCUUUGCGGGGCAAAAAUGUACUUUUUGGUCAAACGUCUUCCUAACGAUACCGAUGUCUCUGAUUUAGUGUUUUUACUGAAAAAGUUUCAUAUUUCAAUCACGUUCGUGGUAUCAGAAAAACCUUCGGGUGGGAUGAAUCAACAGGUAUUGUACACGUUGGCAACACAAACUAAUGGAUUUUGUAUCUUUGCGGAAGAUCAUAAAUUUCAAGAUACGCCAGCUUGGGUACCAUCAUUCUGGCCUCUAUACUUGGUGUAUUCUGCCAAUGCAGAAGUCAGAUCAACCGGAUCUGUCACGCUUCCUGUCUUCAAUGCUCCGUUGGCCGGAGACUACUACAUUUGCAUGACCCUUCAGGACCAUGGCCACACUGAUUGCACACCAAAUCAAACUUCUACAUUUUUCUUUGCGUAUUCUAAUGAUCUGACAGCCGAUCAAGUUCUUAACACAUGGCAUACUCUAAGAAAUAUCUCGCAAGGCUUAUAUGAUACGUAUUCAUACGCUCGAUUUGAUGUAAAUUCGGAUUUUAAGAAUCACGCCUAUUCUAGUAGCAUCGAGGCUAUUGAAGACGACAUCAAGAGUGAUCUCCCAAAUGCAAAAGAGUCCUAUCCGAGAUAUUAUUUUGGAAGCAAUAUUUUAACGUGUAUUCGGGAUAUGUUCAUGACCGAUGUAACCCUUUGCGGAGCGAAACUGUAUUUUCUGGUUAAGCGACUUCCUAACGAUACCGAUGUCUCUGAUUUAGUGUCUUCACUGAAAAAGUUUCACAUUUCGGUCACGUUCGUGAUAUCAGAAAAACCAUCUGGUGGGAUGAAUCAACAGGUAUUGUACACAUUGGCAACAAAAACUAAUGGAAUUUGUAUUUUUGCAGAAGAUUAUAUGCUCCGGGAGACCCCAACUUGGUUGCCAUCAAUCUGGCCCUUAUACUUGGUUUAUUCAGUAAAUGCAGAAGUCGGAGCGACCGGAUUUGUCACUCUCCCAGUCUUUAAUUCUUCAUUGGCCGGAGACUAUCACAUUUGCAUGACUCUACAGGACCAUGGAGCCUUGGAAAAAUUCAGAAUGGUGCAUUUGACAUGGUACAAUAGUGAAUCAUCAAGUUCAGGAUUUUUCAAAGAAACUUCAGAAUCACAUGCUGCUACAUAUGGUGAAACCACGUAUAUCAAAAAAGGUCCAUUCACAUUGGAUGCUGUCCCUUACAACAUGACACUUGGAUUUGAGUACUCGGAUGACGAAAUCAAUAUUCUUCAGAUAAGAAUAUACAGUGUUAGCGCCGUCGACUUUUGGGUACCAUACAGCAGUUGA